AUGAAGUACCGAAUUCUCGCAUUUAUAUUUAUCGAACCUAUAUUCGUUCAUUUUGCGGAUGCUUUGCCGCCUACGGUGAUGUUUCCCGACAAUCAAACGACGAUUUCAAAUCCGAUUUUGAGCCCCACUAGUCCUGGGAGCAAUAUUCCGAUGCUAAAUACGGUUUUAAAUACGACGGUAGUGAGAAAAAAUGAGUGGUGGCCACCUAGUGACACUGAAGUAAUGCAAACGUCACCUUAUUCUACAGAAGUACAUCAGUCAAUGCCUCCGGCUUAUUAUUUGCCUGAACCAAUAUCACCGACAUUAGCGUAUCGCAGUGAACCUUGGACACCUUACGGUUAUCCUGAAAUUGGUUAUCCCUUAAUAGGACAGAAUCCAAACAACCAAUUAGGAAUGUCGUCUAAAUUUAUGACCGUCGCACUGUUUAUUGGUCUCCUUACACUAUUUGCUAUAAUUCAAGGAUCGAUGGUCGCUGCGAAACGCAAAGAUGAUCUCGUAGAUGCGCUAUCGUCCCGAAAAAAGAGAGAUUUGUCUUUCGAAAUCGAUUCCAUGACUCCAGAGCAAGAAGAAAUUUUGAAUACUGACUCGAAAGUGAGAUGCAUCCAAAGGACAAUUUGCUUGGAAAACCGGGAACUGAUGACCGACUUUGGGCACCGAGGGAUUAAAGUUGCUAAAUAUUUAACACGUAGUGUUAAAAAAACAUUGAAACAUAUUUCCGGAUGGGAUCGUCUUGUUCAAGAUGCUGCGGCCGCUGGACUCCGUGGGGAUGACUGCAAUAUUAUUUACCGUGAUUGCGUACUUCCGGUUGAUAAGCCGCAUUAAUGAUAAU